CCACAGUUCCCACAGUCGCGUUACACCAGCAGUAAGUAUCCGCCAUUCGACGAACGAGCGACGCAGUAAGCCUCAGAAAAAAUGAAAUCUUUCAUCGAAUACUCUCCGAGCAGUGAUUUCCCCUUGGAAAAUCUCCCCUACGGAGUCUUCUCCACAUCGACUAACCCCGUUAAGAGAAUAGGCGUCGCGAUUGGGUCAGAAAUAUUGGACCUCAAUGCAGUGGCUCAUCUGUUCACGGGUAAAAUUCUUGGAGGAAAGCAAGAUGUGUUACGUCAGGAAGCCCUCAAUGACUUCAUGGCACUUGGCAGACCCGCUUGGAUCGAAGCCAGAUCCACUCUGCAGGAUCUACUCUCAGUGGACAAUCAUACCUUGCAGGAACCGGAAAUACGCUCUAAAGUAUUCGUGCAGCAAAGAGACGCAGUGAUGCAUCUCCCAGCAAAAAUAGGUGAUUACACAGACUUCUACUCGUCGAUUCACCAUGCGACUAACGUGGGGACAAUGUUUCGUGGAAAAGAGUCAGCUUUGAUGCCAAAUUGGAAAUAUCUUCCGGUUGGGUAUCACGGAAGAGCAAGUUCGGUCGUUGUUUCUGGGACGCCUAUCAGGAGGCCGCGGGGUCAAACACUUCCGGUCGAUGGGGCUGCCCCCGUCUAUGGUCCAUGCAGGCUGAUGGACUUCGAACUGGAAGUCGCCUUCUUCGUCGGAGGGCCGUCAACCAGACUGGGAGAGAGUAUACCGGCCGCGAAGGCCUACGACCACAUAUUUGGAAUGGUGACGAUGAACGAUUGGAGCGCCAGAGACAUACAGAAGUGGGAAUACGUUCCACUGGGUCCAUUCACAGCCAAGAAUCUCGGGACAACGAUAUCUCCAUGGGUCGUUACAAUGGAAGCCCUCCAGCCAUUCAAAGUUCCAAACAUGCCACAAGAUCCGGUCCCAUUUCCCUACCUGCAUCACGAGGGUUCCUGCAACUUUGACAUCAAACUGGAAGUUGAUAUCAAAGGUCCGGAGGGCAUCGCUACUACUGUGACUAGGAGUAAUUACAAAUUCAUGUACUGGACGCCGCAACAGCAGCUUGCUCAACACACCGUGACCGGAUGCAAUUUGAAUCCUGGUGAUCUGAUGGCGUCUGGCACAAUCAGUGGCGAGACGGUAGACUCUUACGGAUCAAUGCUUGAGCUCAGUUGGAAAGGAACGAAGCCGGUACCCCUGAAAGACGGAACUGUCCGAAAGUUUUUGCAAGAUGGUGAUGAAGUAUCGAUCAAAGGUUUCUGCGUGGGUGACGACUAUCGGAUUGGCUUCGGACCUUGCGUCGGUAAAUUGUUACCUACGAAUCCCGAAUAGAGAGGCGAUUCUGGAGCGAGCACGUUGUAUUCCCAAUUCUUGUACAAUGAAAAACUAUAUUUUUUCUCUCAACUUCUUUAAUAAAUGGAAUAUUUUUCACGAGGAAAUCUGAAUAGAUCAUAGCGGAUAGCCCUCGAUAGACUCA